AUUUGCUGUUCUAGAAAGUGCAGAGACACGUAGUGAAAAUGGGAGGAUCUAGAAGGAGGCCGUCUCCCGUGUAGUGUAUAUUUAUCUGUAAGUGAGCCGUUGGGGAAGGAAUUAAAUACUGAGACGCUGUCUGCUUGCUGCCUUAAGACAGCGAAGCUGAAUUGCUGAUUUGCUUUAACUUUUAAAAUACCCAGCUUGGUUUAUUUUUCUUAGAAUCAUUGUAUUGCUAAGACUGGGGACGCUGUUUUCUUUCACAAAGGGAAAUCUAAGUUCAUUUCAAGGCACUCGAAAUGGGGAAAGACUAUUAUUGCAUUUUGGGAAUUGAAAAAGGAGCUUCAGAUGAAGAUAUUAAAAAGGCUUACCGAAAACAAGCCCUCAGAUUUCAUCCGGACAAGAACAAAUCUCCUCAGGCAGAGGAAAAAUUUAAAGAGGUCGCAGAAGCUUAUGAAGUAUUGAGUGAUCCUAAAAAGAGAGAAAUAUAUGAUCAGUUUGGGGAGGAAGGGUUGAAAGGAGGAGCAGGAGGUACCGAUGGACAAGGAGGUACCUUCCGGUACACCUUUCAUGGUGAUCCUCAUGCCACAUUUGCAGCAUUUUUUGGAGGUUCCAACCCCUUUGAAAUUUUCUUUGGAAGACGGAUGGGUGGUGGUAGAGAUUCUGAUGAAAUGGAAGUAGACGGAGAUCCUUUUGGCGCUUUUGGAUUCAGCAUGAAUGGAUAUCCAAGAGACAGGAAUUCUGUGGGGCCAUCCCGCCUCAAACAAGAUCCUCCAGUUAUUCAUGAACUUAGAGUAUCACUUGAAGAAAUAUAUAGUGGUUGUACCAAACGAAUGAAGAUUUCUCGGAAGAGGUUGAACCCUGACGGGAGGAGUUAUAGAACUGAGGACAAAAUUCUCACCAUCGAGAUUAAAAAAGGGUGGAAAGAAGGCACCAAAAUUACUUUUCCAAGGGAAGGAGAUGAAACACCAACUAGUAUUCCAGCAGACAUUGUUUUUGUCAUUAAAGAUAAAGAUCACCCCAAAUUCAAAAGGGAUGGGUCAAAUAUAAUUUAUACUGCGAAAAUUAGUUUACGAGAGGCAUUGUGCGGCUGCGCAAUUAAUGUGCCAACCAUGGAUGGAAGAACCAUACCUAUGACAAUAAAUGAUAUUGUGAAACCUGGAAUGAGGCGAAGAAUUAUUGGAUAUGGGCUACCAUUCCCGAAAAAUCCUGACCAACGUGGUGACCUUCUAAUAGAAUUUGAGGUUUCCUUCCCGGAUACUAUAUCCUCAUCGUCCAAAGAAGUACUUAGGAAACAUCUUCCUGCCUCAUAGAAUGAAAAACUUUGUUAACCAUAUUUUGAUAAGGCACUGAAAAUAUAAAAGGACUGGCCAUUUACUGAUGUAGAUGUGAAUUCUGUAUAAAGACAUGUAAAUUAUUUUGAGGGUUCAUUACAUUGCAUGAAUAGAGACGGGUCAAAUAAAAAGGCAAAAGGGAUUUUUGCAGUUAGAGAUGAAGAGAAAACCACUCACUGUAUUUUAUUUCAUUUCUCCCAAGUCAGAAUUUUUUAGUAUUUUGCUUACAUGUAAAAUUCAUUUCUGUGGAGUUAAUAGAUGUAUUUCUAAUAAAGUACUAGGCUAUUCAAGUACUUUAUUUCUUAUAUAUUUACACUGUCAGUGUGAUAGGUUCUCGUUUAUAAUGGAAAUUUAAAUUCUUAACUAAACUAUACAUGUGAUAGGUACUUCUAGAAAAGAAGAACCCAAGUUACUUGGAAAUCUGGUUAACUAGAUUAAAAUCAUAUGAAAUGCUGCUAUAGGGCUGGUACCCAUAAAAGAGUAUCCUAAUACAUAUAUUUCACCCUUUUGAAGUAUGCUGUAGCAUUUCUUAAUAACAUAGUUAUAAUGUUCUUAUGACAGACCUUUUCUUCAUAAAAAGGAAAUUAAUGGCAAUUUAUCUCCUGUGGAAAUCCCAAUUGCCUGAAUUACUGCUAUUUUAGAAAUAGGUUGUUUUUAAAAUGCCAUAUAUAAUUUUAUGCAAAUUAACUAUAUAUCUUGGACUUAAUAAAUUAUAGGUACAUUUUAUUGUCCAUUAGUUAAGGAUAAUUUGUUUGAUAAUAAACAUGUUUUUAGAGGAAAUAUUGUUACUUGGAAUUAAUUUUCCAAUUACACAGUCUUCUAUAACUUACUCAUAAUAUGCUGUAUGUACCAUAUGCAAAUUCCCUAAAAAGAAUAAACUACCACUAUGGUGUUAAACCAAAAUAUGGGGAAAAUAAACACUAACUGCUGCUUAUGAAUGAUGUUGCUACUACUUGUUAUGCAUAUAAAUAUUUUACUUUUUCAUAUGUAUAGAUUGCAUUUCUUAGGUGUUUUAAUUUUUUAAAUAUAUUUACGUUUAAAAAAUUA